AUGGACGGCGCAGGAGAGCUCCUCGUCCUCACCCACGGGCUUCUCGCACGCCAGGCCGCGAACUCCACGGAGACCGGUGCCUCGCAAAGCAACGAAAGACCUCCUGUAUACAAAGUGGUGGGGUUGAUACUGGCCAUUCUCUCUGGACUGUUCAUAGGAGUCUCCUUCGUCAUGAAGAAGGUGGGGCUGCUCAACGCCAACGUCAAAUACCACGAGGAGGCAGGAGAAGGCUACGGAUAUCUUAAGAACGGCUGGUGGUGGGGUGGCAUGACCCUGAUGAUUAUUGGAGAGGUGUGCAACUUCGUGGCGUAUGCCUUCGUGGACGCCAUCCUGGUCACGCCGCUUGGGGCCUUGUCGGUCGUCGUCACCACUAUCCUCUCAGCCAUCUUCCUAAAGGAGCGCCUCAGCUUUGUCGGCAAGGUUGGCUGCUUCAACUGUAUCAUUGGAUCUGUCGUCAUUGUGAUUAAUGCCCCUGAGCAGUCGGCAGUCAGCAAGAUCCAGGACAUGAAAAAGCUCGUGCUUUCUCCGGGCUUCCUCAGCUAUGCGGGGAUCGUUAUCGUUGCUUGCAUCUUCCUUGCUCUUUGGGCUGGCCCUAGAUAUGGCAAGAAGAGCAUGCUGGUCUACCUCAGUAUCUGCAGUCUCAUCGGCGGCUUGAGCGUAGUAGCGACGCAAGGCCUAGGUGCGGCAAUCGUUACGCAAAUAGGGGGCGAGCCGCAAUUCAAUCAGUGGUUCCUAUACUUACUUCUAGUAUUCGUCAUUGCUACACUACUGACAGAGGUUAUCUACCUCAACAAAGCGCUCAACCUGUUCAACGCGGCGCUUGUCACUCCGACAUACUACGUCUUCUUCACCACCUCCACGAUCGUGACUUCGGCGAUCCUCUUUCGUGGUUUCAAGGGCACCCCGGCGACCAUUUCUACCGUUAUCAUGGGCUUUCUGCAGAUUUGCGCUGGAGUGAUCCUACUACAGCUGUCGAAGUCAGCAAAGGACGUACCUGAUGCCGCAGUCUUUAAGGGUGAUCUCGAUCAAGUCAGGACUGUCGCGGAACAGAAGGAGCCAGAGUAUGAGCCUAAAGCGGACUCGAUACGUGCAGGGGGUGCCUUGCUUCGUUCCAUGUCAAACAUGAGGCAAAGGAAGGAGGCAGAAGACGCUAAGCGGAUCCACGAAGAACGCAUGGCGCCUAUUGGUGAAAACGAGCAGGUCGAGUUUGAUGGCCUGCGCCGACGCAAGACCGUACUCGAACCUGGGCAAGCGCCCCUACAGCGCCGGAAGACUCUCCAUCCACCGCUGGGCAUGUCCGAGUUUCCAGACGACGACACCCAAUCCACAGUAUCCGACGACAUCCACCCCGGCUUCUUUACGCGCCUCAGCCACCGCAGACGCCGCCAGCAGCAAGCGCCUCAAUCCCCCCCUCCACCCAUGCCACUCAGCAGCCUCCACGUUUCCAAAGCCAGCAGCCCCCCGGCCUCCUCUCUGGACGGAACCUCAAGUCCCGCGCCUCACGUCUACGGCCUGCCCCCCGGCCUCCUACACCACACACCAGAAGACACAGCCUACCACUCCCCCUCCGCAAUCCACUGGGACCCCUCCGUCGCCGACGACGCCGACCGGCCUAGGUCACGCGACCGACUCGGCCCACCCAGGCCACCGCCACAUACCGCGAAGCGGCAGUUCAGCUUCCAGAACGUCUUCAGCCGGUCGCACAAGCGGGAGGCGUCCGAUGGCGCCGAGAGCAGCGCUGGCCGGCCCGUGUCGCGGGGCGCGCUGAGCUUCACGAGCCGGAAGAGCGGGAAGGAACACGCGCCGCCGGAUCGGGCGACGGAGGAGGAGAGGCUGGGGCUUGUGAAGGGGGAUUCGCAGAAUCUGUUGACGCUGCCGGAGUAUAGCUCUCCGCCGGAGUCGUCGGAUACGGAAGAGGACUGGCAGGUUAUGGGGGUGGGGGGGACGAGGGUGGCGAGUCCGCCGGCGAUGGGGACGGUGGGUGCUGGGAGGGACGCACCGCUGCCGCAACCGACGGCUUUUGAGCCGAUGAGGGGUGCGAGAAGGGUGGAUAGUGAUGACGAUACUGACGACGACCACCGCGAUGAGGUGAUGAGGGAUAAAUACGAUGAGAGUAGGUCUGAUAGGGGUGGGGGGGCGUUCAUGUAG